CUUGGAAUAUCUGAAGUCCAUAUGGCUAUGUAUGAUGAAGAUAUCUUGAAAAAUCCUUUUUAUUUGGCCAUUCAAAAGCGGCGUCCUGAUCUAUGCAGCAAAGUUGCAGAACUCCAUGGUAUUGUGUUGGUUCCAUGCAAAGGAAGCCUUUCAAGCAACAGUCUUUCUACCUGCCAGUUUGAAUCUUAUGUUCUGAAGCCACAAGAAGAAAAUUUUCAGACCUUAAAUGGAAAGGAGAUCUUCAUACAAGGAAACCUCAUCAUUUUAGGAACUGGUUUUAAUUGUCAUCUCUCAGUACCUAUUCUUUUUGAGGAAACAUUUUACAAUGAAAAAGAAGAAAGCUUUAGUAUAUUGUGCAUAGCUCAUCCAUUGGAAAAAACAGAAUGCUCAGGUGAAUCUGCAGCUUCAUCAAACUCGUAUUCUCUGAAAAAUAUUGAAGAUGUUAGAGAAUUCUUGGGAAGGCACUGUGAGAGAUUUGAUAAAUACAUAGGCUCUUUCUAUAGAACAUUUAAAGAACAUGAAAGGAAAAGCCUCCGCCACUACAUAGAUUCUGUCAAUGCACUUUAUACCAAAUGUCUCCAGCAUCUUUUGAGAGAUUCGCACUUGAAGAUGCUUGCAAAGCAAGAAGAGCAGAUGAAUCUGAUGAAACAAGCAGUUGAAAUGUAUAUCCACCAUGCUAUUUAUGAUCUAGUCUUUAAAUAUGUGGGGACUAUUGAGGCAAGUGAGGAUGCUGCUUUUAACAAAAUCACAAGGAGCCUUCAAGACCUGCAGCAAAAAGACAUUGGAGUGAAGCCUGAGUUCAGUUUUAAUAUACCACGUGCAAAGCGAGAACUGGGUCAGUUGAACAAAUGUACUUCCCCUCAACAGAAGCUACUUUGUUUACGAAAAGUGGUACAAAUUAUAAUGCAAUCUCCUAGCCAAAGAGUUAAUGUGGAAACCAUGUGUGCAGAUGACCUUCUCUCUGUUUUGCUGUAUUUACUUGUGAAAACAGAGAUCCCAAACUGGAUGGCCAACCUGAGUUACAUAAAGAACUUCAGGCUUUGCAGUUCAGUGAAGGAUGAAUUGGGAUACUGUCUAACCUCAAUUGAGGCUGCAAUCGAAUACAUACGACAAGGCAACCUCUCUGACAGAUCAACA